AUAGUACAUAGGAGACAAAAAAACAAAAACCUUAACAAAACGCUCAGAAUUGGUAGUUCGGCUUCGGCGGCAGAGAGCUGACGUCAAAAGCAAGCAAGCACCUGCCUUUCAAACCAACACCUGUAGGCUUUAGUCUUCCACAAGCAACACGUAUAAUCAACCCCUUCCCCCUGCCCCCCCAAACAACGCCUUCUUUCCCUCCCCGGCCCUUUAUAUCAACACAAAUUCUCGUCUCAUCUUAUUGCAAAAACAGACAACAGAACACAGAGAGAACAAAUUAACAAGCCUGUUGGGAAGUCUGAAAAUGGCGGUUGAAAAUGGUGGAAGAAGCCUAAUGGGAACUCUCUUAGCAGUCAACUUUGUGGUGUAUCUCAUUUUACUGGGACUCGCCGGUUGGUCUCUCGAUAAAUACAUUGACGGCGAGCAGGAUCACCCCCAUCUUGGUGGGAAUCCCUCAACAAUUUUCCUUUUAAUAUUUGCUUUAAUUGCUGGAGUGAUCGGAGCAUGCUCAGUCUUUUCGGGUUUUUUGCACCAACGGGUGUGGAAUAGUGUUAGUCUCGCUAGUGCAGCUUCAUCGGCAAUUCUUGCUUGGGCUACGACUGUCCUUGCUUUUGGUCUUGUUUGCAAGCAGAUUAUAAUGGGAGGACAUAGAGGAAAACGCCUACAAACCUUGGAAGCAUUUAUCAUAAUAUCAGGACUCAACCAGCUACUAUAUUUGCUGCUUCGACAUGCUGGCAUGUUUAGCAGCAGAUUCGGGCCAGCUUACCACAGCUGAGACACUCAAUAUGGUGGCUCCAAUCAGAGCGACGCCUCCAGAAAACUGGCUUUCCAUCUGAUAUCAGAUAAAGGACUCUACUCUGAUAAAUCCCUAGCCGGGUUAUUGCUCUUAGUAAUAUGUCAAGAGUACCAUUACAUUUAGCCAAGUGUGUUUUUUGUUCUAUUGGAUUUUAAUUUUUAACAAAGGGCAUACAUUGGAACCCAAAUCAUGUAUUACAGACACCAAAGAUUCAUAGAAACCCCUUUGAACUAAAUUUGAUCUUCCAAUCCAAUCCAUAUUUUUCAGUGCAACCACCAAAUUGAUGGCAAAAAA